GAACCAGAUAGAACUAGUUAAGGAUGGAUCUUGAGAUGAGCAUGACGAAACCUAUGGAGUUCUGGGACAUAGGGAAACCGACAAUGAGAGGGAUCCGAAAAUGUACGAAAUGCGGAACAUUUAACGGAACAAGAGGAAUAGCGUGUAAGAAUAAAUCCUGUGGAAUGGUAUUUCGUUCUAAUACGGACACUAAGAAGCAAGCAGGGGACGCUAGUAAACUUUAUACAGGCACGGAUAUGCAAAUCUACAGUGUACGGAUAACUAGGGACCGUGGACCAGAUUAUAGAGGAUUUGUCUUGUUACCUAUGGUUGAGGGGUUGGAUCCUAGCUCUAGGUUGGAGGGUGAAGCUGCUCUCCUGGUUCAGAGUGCUAGUAGAUGCUAUGUAGAGAACUGUCCUAGAUCUCAUGUCAAGGAGUUGGAUGUUUUAGCUGUAGGUGAGGGGUGUUCCCAUAUUCUGAGCUGUUUAUCUUCCACAACUGAAUCUGUUCCUGUCAUGCUCCGACACUCUGCCAUGAAUGAUCUAGAAAUCAGGAGUGAAUUUAAACAUGAUGUUUAUAGUUUUGCAGAACAUAUUUCAGGCCCUUUAGUUCAAAGGGUUAAUAAACAGGUAUUUGUAGUAAAAUGUGAGGCAGAUACGCGGCAUCCCCUGGGCUACCUUCAUAUUGCUUUUAUCGAACAGAAACUUCGAGAUAAACCUGGAGCUGAACAGAAGUUCUUCUGCACAUGUGAUACUUUUAAAGGACUGGAUAGAUCUUGUCGGUACUGGACUCAAUGGUCUGGAACACUACGGGAGAAGGAACCAGAAUGGAUUCUCAAGCGCUGUAUUCAUUAUUAUGCAUGCUUAUGCGCCUUUGCCAGUGACAACAAGCUUAGAGAAGAGUUCAGGCAUUUUAUUGACCUGGAUUCGAACCUGAACGAGAGAAAUACCUCCCCUCAGGUCUUCUCCUUCCUGGGGAACAAUGAGAACGGAGAAGCAAUACAGGUUGAGGUUCUAAGUAGUGUUGAGGACGGAAGAGAUAUUGAGCUGUAUGAUCCUAACAUUAACAAUGAACAAAUUGAAAUACAGAUGGAAACUCCUGACGGUCUUCAGACCAUAACGGUUCCAGCUGCAAUUCCGGUCAAUCAGAAGCGGUCUCUAGUCGACACUGACCGGCAGACCAGUCCAAACAAAAAGAAAAUGGGGCAAAACUUGCUGGACACACAAAAGUAUUUUAAUAAUAGUUCCCCCCGACACGAGAGCUCAGUUAUCCAGGGGUUUGUUCAAUGGUUAGCGAGUAUUACAGAACGGAUCAACCAGACAAUGCAUUAUCAGUUUCCUGGCAGACCAGAUCCUUUAGUGCAGGAAUCUCUUAAAAGAAGAAAAACCCUUCACUCUUUUCUUUCAUACUGAGUGAAGGUUAAACUUGAACUGGGGUGGGCUAUAUAAAGU